CUUGCCGACCCAUUCCACCGACCCAUACAUCCCGCAUCCGCUCGCUCAUUCCUGCUGCCGCUCCUUCGCCCUCUCACCCCUUUCCCGUCUGCCCUUUGCAUCCAGUGACCUGCGCCUCUCCUCCUCCACCAUCAACACCAUGUCCGCACAGCUUCUCAAUGGCAAGGCCCUUGCCGAAACCAUCCACCUCAAGCUGCGACAGCAAGUCGAGCAGCUCAAGACUGUCUACGAUGGCUUUGAGCCGCAUCUGGCCAUCGUCCAGGUCGGCGACCGCGAAGACUCGUCCGUCUAUGUCCGCAUGAAGCAGCAAGCCGGAGCCAAGAUCGGUAUCCGUGUCACUCACCACAAGCUGCCCGAGACGACGACCCAGUACCAGCUCAUGCAGGCCGUCCAGACCCUCAACAACGAUCAUGCCGUCCACGGCAUCAUUGUCCAGCUCCCGCUUCCCAAGGACCUCGACGAACAGGCCGUCACCGACGCCAUUGACAUCCGCAAGGAUGUGGACGGAUUCCAUUCCCUGAACAUUGGCCAGCUCGCCAAGAAGGACAACGAGCCCCUCUUCAUUCCUUGCACACCCAAGGGCUGCAUGGAGCUGCUCAAGGUCACCAACACCAGCCUCGCAGGCAAGAAGGCCGUUGUUGUCGGUCGCAGCAACAUCGUUGGCAUGCCUGUUGCCCAGCUGCUUCAGGGGGCCGAUGCGACCGUCACGCUGUGCCACUCCAAGACCCAGAACCUGGCCGAAAUCGUCAAGACCGCCGACAUCAUCAUUGCUGCCGUCGGCAAGCCCCAGCUCAUCCAGGGAUCGUGGGUCAAGCCCGGAGCCAUCGUCAUUGACGUUGGCACCAACGCCGUCCCCGACAGCACCAAAAAGUCUGGCAUUCGCUGGGUCGGCGAUGUCAACUUUGAGGAGGCCUCGCAGGUUGCCUCGUGGAUCACCCCCGUCCCCGGCGGUGUCGGUCCCAUGACCGUCGCCAUGCUCCUGGAGAACACCGUCGAGAGUUCCAAGCGGUUCCUCAAGGGCUUCCACGUCAAGACCGAGUACCUGCCCCUGAAUCUCGUGCGACCCGUCCCCAGUGACAUCGAUAUCGCCAUGGCUCAGAAGCCCAAGCUGAUCCGCCAGGUUGCCCAAGAGCUGGGUCUCUUUGAAACCGAGUACGAGCAAUAUGGCUUGUUCAAGGGCAAGGUGUGCCUCGAGGUCAUGGACCGCCUCAAGCACCUCCGAAACGGCAAAUACGUUGUCGUCACUGGCAUCACCCCCACUCCCCUCGGCGAGGGCAAGUCCACCACCUCCAUCGGCCUGGUGCAGGCCCUUGGUGCUCACCUCAAGAAGCGCGCCUUUGCCUGUGUGCGCCAGCCCUCUCAGGGCCCUACCUUUGGUAUCAAGGGCGGUGCUGCCGGCGGCGGCUACUCUCAGGUCAUCCCCAUGGACGAGUUCAACCUGCACUUGACUGGCGACAUCCACGCCGUCACUGCUGCCAACAACCUGCUCGCUGCUGCCAUCGACGCCCGCAUGUUCCACGAAUCGACGCAGACGGACGCUGCACUGUUUGAUCGCCUGUGCCCUGCCAAGAAGGGUGUGCGCAAGUUCUCUCCCGUCAUGCUUGGCCGUCUGCAGCGCCUCGGCAUCGACAAGACCAACCCCGACGACCUGACCCCCGAAGAAAAGUCCCGCUUCGCCCGCCUCGACAUCGACGUCGAGACCAUCACCUGGCAGCGCGUCGUCGACACCAACGACCGUUUCCUGAGAAAGAUCACCGUCGGCCAGGGCGAGCAGGAGCAGGGUCGUGUCCGUCAGACAGGCUUUGACAUUGCCGUCGCCUCUGAGGUCAUGGCCGUCCUGGCUCUGACCACUAGCCUCAGGGAUAUGCGUGAGCGUCUCGGACGCAUGGUCGUCGCCAGCAACAAGCGGGGCGAGCCCAUCACCUGUGACGACAUUGGAUGCGGCGGUGCUCUGACGGUCCUGAUGAAGGACGCCAUCAAGCCCAACCUGAUGCAGACCCUCGAAGGCACCCCCGUCUUUGUCCACGCCGGUCCCUUUGCCAACAUUGCCCACGGCAACAGCAGCAUCAUCGCUGACCGCAUUGCCCUCAAGCUGACCGGAACCGAACCCACCUCCACCAACCACGACGAAGAAGCCGGCUAUGUCGUCACCGAGGCCGGCUUUGGCGCCGACAUUGGCAUGGAAAAGUUCUUUGACAUCAAGUGCCGCUACUCGGGCCUCGUUCCAGACUGCGUUGUCCUUGUUGCUACGGUCAAGGCCCUGAAGAUGCACGGCGGCGGCCCCGAUGUUGUUGCGGGCAAGCCCCUGCCCGAGGAGUACCUCAACGAGAACCUUCCCCUGCUCGAGAAGGGCUGUGAAAACAUGGCCAAGCACAUCCAGAACGCCAAGAAGUUUGGCAUGCCUGUCGUUGUUGCCAUCAAUCGCUUCAGCACCGAUACUGAUGCCGAGAUGGAGGUUGUCCGCCGCAAGGCUCUCGAGGCCGGUGCCUUUGACUCGGUUGCCUGCAGCCACUGGGCUGACGGUGGUGCUGGUGCCGUUGAUCUUGCCGAGGCUGUGGUCAAGGCCAGCGCCUCCGAGAAGGAGUUCAAGUUCCUCUAUGAUCUGGAUCUCGGCAUCGAGGAGAAGAUUGCCACGAUCGCCAGAGAGAUGUAUGGUGCCGAUGGCAUCGAGCUCAGCGAGGCUGCCCGGAAGAAGAUUGAGACCUACACCGCUCAGGGUUUCGCCAACCUUCCCAUCUGCAUGGCCAAGACCCAUCUCAGUCUCUCGCACGACCCCAAGCUCAAGGGUGUGCCCUCGGGAUUCACCGUCCCUGUCCGUGACAUCCGUGCCUCCGUUGGUGCGGGCUUCCUGUAUCCUCUGCUGGGCACCAUGCAGACCAUGCCGGGUCUGUCGACUCGCCCGUGCUUCUUCGACGUCGACAUCGACCUCGAGACUGGCCGUGUCCACGGUCUGUUCUAAACCUCCCCGCUUCCUUUCGCUGCGAGCAUGACGACCUGUGGUGGCCGCCACCGCACAUACUUUGCAAAUAUAGCUUGUUGCUCCCUCCCGCCC